GCGGGCGCGCGGAUGGGAGGACUGGGCAUGCUCCGCGGCGGCGCAGGUUUUGGUCACAAGUAGGAAGGAGCCAGUGCAGGGCACCGGCAAAGAGAAGCGGGAGCCGCCGCGGCCCCGCCGCCUCGGAGCAGGAGCGGGAGCUGGGGCGGGCGAGGGGCGAGGCUGCCGGGCCGAGAGCUGCCCAGCCUGACCUCACGUCCUCUGCCUCUCAACCCGCGUGGUGCGCCGGACCCUGGGCCGGUCCCUGGGCGGUCAGGACCGCGCGCGGGGGAGCCGGAACGGACCGGACCCUCCCCCGGCCGACUGCGGCCCGAGGGCGCCCCCCCCGGGGCGGAGCAGCUGGAGCCGCCGCUGCCUCCUGCGGGCAGCUGAGUGUCCGGCUCGCGCCCCGCGCCGGGAGCGUGCGGCCGCCGUCAGCGCCCGAGAGGAGGAGGAGGGGGCGGCCAUGGGGCUGCUGUCCCAAGGCUCGCCGCUGAGCUGGGAGGAGACCAAGCGCCACGCCGACCACGUGCGGCGGCACGGGAUCCUCCAGUUUCUGCACAUCUACCACGCCGUCAAGGACCGACACAAGGACGUGCUCAAGUGGGGCGAUGAGGUGGAAUAUAUGUUGGUGUCUUUUGAUCAUGAAAAGAAGAGAGUCCAGUUGGUCCUGUCUGGAGAAGAAGUCCUUGAAACUCUACAAGAAAAGGGGGAAAGGACAAACCCGAACCACCCUACACUUUGGAGACCAGAGUACGGGAGUUACAUGAUUGAAGGGACGCCUGGACAGCCAUACGGAGGAACCAUGUCCGAGUUCAACACAGUUGAAGACAAUAUGAGACAGCGCCGGAAGGAGGCAACUUCUUUAUUAAAAGAAAAUCAGGCUCUUUGCACAAUAACUUCAUUUCCCAGAUUAGGCUGUCCUGGGUUCACGCUGCCUGAGGUCAAACCCAACCCAGUCGAAGGAGGAGCUUCCAGGUCCCUCUUCUUUCCCGAUGAAGCAAUAAACAAGCACCCCCGCUUUAGCACCCUAACCAGAAAUAUCCGGCACAGGAGAGGAGAAAAGGUGGUCAUCAAUGCACCAAUAUUUAAAGAUAAGAACACACCGUCUCCGUUUAUAGAAACAUUUCCUGAGGAUGACGAGGCGGCCAAGGCUUCAAAGCCAGAUCACAUCUACAUGGACGCCAUGGGAUUUGGGAUGGGCAAUUGCUGUCUUCAGGUAACGUUCCAAGCCUGCAGCAUUUCCGAGGCUAGAUACCUGUAUGAUCAGUUGGCCACUAUCUGCCCAAUUGUCAUGGCUUUGAGUGCUGCGUCUCCUUUUUACCGAGGCUAUGUGUCAGACGUUGAUUGUCGCUGGGGCGUGAUUUCUGCAUCUGUAGAUGAUAGAACUCGGGAGGAGAGAGGACUGGAGCCACUGAAGAACAGUAACUAUAGGAUUAGUAAAUCCCGAUAUGAUUCAAUAGACAGUUAUCUGUCUGAGUGUGGAGAGAAGUACAAUGACAUCGACUUGACAAUAGAUAAAGAAAUCUACGAGCAGCUGAUGCAGGAAGGCAUUGACCACCUCCUGGCCCAGCAUGUUGCUCAUCUCUUUAUCAGAGACCCGCUGACUCUGUUUGAAGAGAAAAUACACCUGGACGAUGCCAAUGAGUCUGACCAUUUUGAGAACAUUCAGUCCACAAAUUGGCAGACAAUGAGAUUUAAGCCUCCUCCUCCAAACUCAGACAUUGGAUGGAGAGUGGAGUUCCGGCCCAUGGAGGUUCAGUUAACAGACUUCGAGAACUCGGCAUAUGUGGUGUUUGUGGUGCUGCUCACGAGAGUGAUCCUUUCCUACAAAUUAGAUUUUCUCAUUCCGCUGUCAAAGGUUGAUGAAAACAUGAAAGUCGCACAGAAACGAGAUGCUGUCCUGCAGGGAAUGUUCUACUUCAGGAAAGAUAUUUGCAAAGCAGGUGGCAACGCUGUGGUGGACGGCUGUGGCAAGGCCCAGCAGGGCGCGGAGCUGGCCGCAGAGGAGCACGAGGAGUAUGCCCUGAUGAGCAUAGACACCAUCAUCAAUGGGAAGGUAGGGUCCUGUGCGCCCACUGCCUGCCGGCCGGCCGACACCCACAGGCAGGGAGCUCAUGGCAUCUCCUGCUUCGUGCAGGAAGGCGUGUUUCCUGGGCUGAUCCCCAUUCUGAACUCCUACCUGGAAAACAUGGAAGUGGAUGUGGACACCAGAUGUAGCAUUCUGAACUACCUGAAGCUGAUUAAGAAGAGAGCAUCUGGAGAACUAAUGACAGUCGCCAAAUGGAUGAGGGAGUUUAUCGCAAACCAUCCCGACUACAAGCAAGACAGUGUAAUAACUGAUCAAAUAAACUAUAGUCUUAUUUUAAAGUGCAACCAAAUUGCAAAUGAAUUAUGUGAAUGCCCAGAGUUACUUGGACCAGCAUUUAGGAGAGGAAGAUAUAGCGGAAGUAAAAUGGACUCUUCCAACUAGGCCCCUGCAGAGGGACUCGCUUGCUGUUUCAUCGGAGAACUGGCCGCAGCUCCAGCCAGAGCCUGGUGUGACCAGGUUAGCAGGACCAUACCGGCUCCUGGACCCAUGGGCCGGAAAUGGCCUGAGAGGCUCCGGCUCCCUUCAGCGGAUAAAUCUAGAGUUUUUACAAUGAACCUGUACAUAGUAAAGUAUUUUUAUGAUUAACAAUGUAUUUUAAUAACAUAUCUAAAGUGUGGACUGGCUUGUACAUUUCCCAAUUCUCACUCUGGAGCAACAACUGCCCAAGCAGUUUUGUAAAUGUGAUGUUCUAGUAAUUGUACUAUAUCUGCAUUCCAGAGUUCAAAAUGUUUACUGUAAAUAUUUGUGGGUGUUUUUUGUUUUUUUUUAAAGACUUUACCUGGACCCGAUUCACUGAAAUUUAUCACUUCACUUUAAAACCAGUUUGUCUUAUUGAUGUUCUUUCAGUCAUCUCCUUUGUUUUAUAUCUAAAAUCACUGUCGGAUCCAUUGAAGGGCUUCAGGGGUAACCCUGGAUUCUGGCACCUUAUCUGUUUCUUUGGUAAUCGGAAUAGCUAACCACCAAGUAAAGCCAUCGAACUGAUGGCUGUUAUGAAAGGUACUGUCCUUUUUUAUUUAAUUCGAUGAGGCAGGCAUUAAAGAGAACUCUAUAGGAAGGCAGGAGACCUGUACCCUGAGUUCACAUGUAGUGAUUAUUGGGGGUGAUGGUUUUCCUCCUGUGCAUAAUAUACAGAGUACUGUCAAAAAUGGCACCCGCUCCUGUGUCUGUUCUGGUUGCUGCUGUGUAUGUAAAUGUGCAAAUCAGGUGCAGUUGCUGAAGGUGGUUUUCUUACUUUUUUGUAGUUUCCAGUAAGCAUAUUGACAGACUUUCUUAUAAAAGCCGUUUGCUCUAGGCUUUACCUGGAGGCUAUCCUACGUGCUGCUUAUGCCCUUCUCCUUGAAGCUCUUCAACAAAUCAUGAUCUGCACUAAGUUUUGUGAAUCAAGCCCCUAAAUGUUUAACUGUAAAUAAGUUUCACAUAAUUAUUAGAGCAUUUUGUUGAAGGUUUUUUCCAAUUAAAGUCUUAACCUACUUCAGAAAUAACUAUGUACAGUAGAUUAUGCAAACCUUAACAGGCAUCAAUAUUUAAACUAAUGUGAAUUUUAAGAGAUUGUGACAAAGCUGCUUCUAAAUCUGCUUAGGUAUAAAUACUAGGGUUUGUGCUAUGUUUCAUACACGCUCGUUGGAGGGUUAAUGAAUGCCUGCUUUUCAUUUGCUUGUAAAUCAGGUUGUAAAAAGGCAGAUAAACUAAAUGUUUGUGGGAUGAGGAAAUAAAAGAAUGGAAUGAGAAUCCUGAAAA